AUGGAUUUUGGCUACCCUUCUUUGUCAUCAAACACAACCGUCAAGAUAAUUGUUCCAGUCAACAAGCCAGUUACUGUAGCUCCUACCAAUGCCUUCCAUGUUUCUGAGGGGGUUAGUAUUGGCACCCAAGUUGGCACUGUGAAUGCCUCAGAUCCAGAUAUGACACAAGACAAUGAAAACUCUCUUACCUAUAUUCUCACUGAUACAACAGUACCAUUCAGAAUUGGAAACAAGACUGGAAUUAUUGAAACAGCUGGAGAACUGGAUGCAGAAACAGCUUCCACCUACCAAUUUGGGGUGCAUAUUUUGGACAGUGACCUCCCACCAACCACAGCCACAACCACUGUUACCAUUGUUGUGGAAGACAUCAAUGAUAAUCCUCCACAAUUGUCUUCCAAAGUUUACAGAACUAAAGUCAGUGAAGGUCAAGCAAAUGGAAGGCCAUUGGUUCUGAAUUUGAAUCCUCCUCUUUUGGCAGAAGAUAAGGACAAGAAUUUGAUUAACAGGCAUAUACGGUACUACUUAAAAGGCAAGAAUUCUGAUAUGUUCAGAAUGAAUCCCAGGGCUGGAAUCCUGAAAAUCAAAGACACAUCCAAACUAGACAGUGAAAAACAACAGAAAUACAAGAUUACUAUUGUGGCCUUUGAUGGAACUUUUCAGACCCAAGCUCAUCUUGUCAUAGAAGUGGAGGAUAUCAAUGACAACAGACCAGAAUUUUCAGGACCUUACUUCUAUCAAGUUAAUCCUCGGGCCACAAUAGGCACAAAAUUUGGUCAAGUAGUAGCUAAAGACAAAGAUGCCACCAGCAGAAAUAAUCGUAUAUUGUAUGUUUUAUCUCAAGGCUCAGGUGGAAAAUUUGGAGUUGAUUUCAAUUCAGGUGACUUAUAUGUAGCCAGUAAUCUAACAGACAGUCCACAGGAAGAGGAAUAUAAUUUAGUGAUACAAGGUUUUGACACUGGUGAACCAAGUUUAGCAAGCAACACGACAGUUCGUGUCAGAGUGGCCUUGAACAAAGCUCCAAUAGUUGAUUCAAACUUUGUAUUUCAGGUUCCAGAGAAUAUGACAAUUGGAUCAACAGUUGGGAUUAUUCCUGUCUUUGAUCCAGAUAUGGAACAUAAUCCAUUGGAAUCCAUUCAAUUUAGUAUUUCUGAUCCAACAAACAAUUUUGCAGUUAGUGAAAAUGAUGGAAAGAUUGUCACUAAAAUUGUCCUGGAUAGAGAAACUCAGGAACAAUUUAUCUUCACUGUUUACUGUGAAAAUGAUGGUGCACCAUCACACACUGUCAGUACAACAGUUACUGUCAUUCUAGAAGAUGUCAAUGACAAUAAACCAAUUUUCAAAUCAGCCACUGGGUAUCAUGGAACUUACAAGGAAGGUGACCCUAGGGGCACCAUAACACUGAACCAAGAACUGAUUGCAACUGAUGCAGAUGUUAAUGUGGAAAACCAAAACAUUGUGUACCGUUUGGUUGGUAAUGACUCAGAUUUAUUCCAACUGAACACAGCAACAGGCUCCAUCAAAGUAAGAGCCCCUUCAAGGGUUCGCUGUAACUAUAAAGAAAAUUAUAGCUUAAAGAUUAUUGCUACUGACCAAGGAGGAAAGGGUCACCAAUCAGUGAGCACAAUCAACAUUGAAGUACAAGAUAUUAAUGAUAAUGCUCCCAGAUUUACAAAAAAGUAUCACUUCCGUGUUCCCAUAACUGCCAAAGAAGGAACAGUCAUUGGAUCUGUAAUGGCUAUUGACAAUGACUGUACUCAGCAGAAUAAUAGAAUUACUUAUCUCCUCAAAGAUGGUGGAUUUGGAAAAUUUAAGAUUGAUCCUGACAAAGGAGAAAUUAUAAUAGCUGACAGUCUUGUUCGAGAACCAAUGAGAAAUGAAUAUAGCAUUGUUGUGAAAGCAGUGGAUAAUGGUGCCCCUGGGCUUUCAAACAGUACCAAUGUGACUAUUUUAGUACCAGUGAAUCAUCCACCUUCAGUUCAGAAUAGCUUUCAUUUUUAUAUUAUGGAAAACAGUGCACUUCGUCAGUUUGUUGGCAAAAUAACUGCAGAAGACAGAGAUUUGGGCAGAGUGAAAGGAGAAAAGUUAACUUUUACUUUAGUCGAUAAAGCUGUUCCAUUUUCUGUCCAUCCACUGAAAGGUGAAAUAAGAACGAAUGAUAUAAUCGAUCGGGAAGAAACAGAACUCUACAGAUUUAAGGUCAUGGUGAAUGAUAAUGGUGUUCCUGCCUUCACAGCUACGACAAACAUCAUUAUCACAAUCAAAGAUUUUAACGAUAAUGCUCCUCAGUUCAUUCAUGGGCUGGAGUACCGAGGAACAGUGGUCGAAGAUGACCGUAAACCUAUUUUGAAACAGAAAGUAGAAUUGUCCAAGAAUUUGACUGUGAUUGACCGUGAUGCAACUAACAGCAACCGGCAAAUCAGGUUUAGUCUGAAAGGUCCCCGUAGCCGUCUUUUCAAAAUUGACAGUACCACAGGUGAUAUUUAUGUUGAUCGACCAGGAAAAAUUGACAGAGAACUUAACCGAGAAUUCAAAUUCAAGAUUGUAGCAACUGACCAAAAUGGUCAGGGUCUUUCAACAGAAGCAGAUCUGAUUGUUGAAGUGGAAGAUGUCAAUGACCAUGAUCCACGUUUUGUACAGGCUUUGUAUGAGUUUGUUCUGCCAUCAAUUGUUGAGACAGGCUAUGAAGUGGGACGUCUCAUAGCUAUAGACAGGGAUGACACCAGCCCAAAUAACAAACUACUUUACAUAUUUGAAAGCGAUGCAUUGGGAAAGUUUAAAAUUGAUGUUGGAACAGGAGUUUUAACAUUACUGGAAGGAUUUUUCUCCAAGCCUCGAAAGACAACAUACACAUUUACAGUAGCUGCAAUGGAUAUGGGGUUUCCUUCCAGAAAAACCAAAGCUCAAGUCAUUGUAAAUGCCCCACACAUGGUUUAUAAUGACCAUGCCCCUAAAUUUGAAGGACGGAAUGUGUUUAUUCUGAAGGAAGAGUUGCCCAUAGGCUCUCUAGUUGGGACACUACAAGUCACAGACGAAGACAGGAAGAAAAACAACAGUGUCAAUUUGAUUAUUGAUCCAGCUGAUGAAAGAUAUGUUCCCUUUGCAAUAAAAAAUGAUGGUUCCAUCAUCACAACACAGCGAAUCGACAGAGAUGCUGGUUAUGAGUACUUCAGAUUCACUGUCCAUGCUACUGACAAUGGGACUCCAUCUCACAACACCAGCCAAGAGGUAGGCAUUAUCGUUGACGAUAUAAAUGACAAUCCCCCUCACUUUACUAUGGACACUUACCAGCAUAUGGUGUCCAGCAACUUUCCAGCUUCAACCAUCAUAGCAACGCCAUUUGCCUUUGACGAUGUGGACAAAAUAGAUUCAGUUUACCAAUACAGUCUUCUGGGAGGAACUCCUGGUUAUUUCUACAUUGAUCAACAGACUGGAAUUAUACGGACGACAGACCUUGCUCGCUCACUCAAAUCUGGGAAGCUGGAAUUCAAAGUUGUGGCUCAGGAUCUCUAUAACAAGACCCUUACUGCAGAAGCCAAGCUCAAUAUUCAAAUUAUGCAAACAAAACAGGGACGAAAAUCUACGUGUUGCCGUGUGCCAUGUUGA